CUGCCGACACCGUGUCAGAAUACCGGGCCGGCCACUCAGCUCUUCUCUGCAGCAGGACCUUACCUUAGUCUUCCCGCGCCGUCAUCUUUAGUGUGGGAACCCGGCUCAGCGCUUCUUGUGCAUGCAUGUGUCCGCAUGUCUCUGGUCAUCUCCUGUACUACGUCCGCAGUCUCUGGUCAUCUCCUGUACUACGUCCGCAGUCUCUGGUCAUCUCCUGUACUACGUCUGCAGUCUCUGGUCACCUCCUGUACUAUGUCCGCAGUGUCUGGUCAUCUCUUGUACUAUGUCCGCAGUCUCUGGUCAUCUCCUGUACUGUGUCCGCAGUCUCUGGUCAUCUCCUGUACUGUGUCCGCAGUCUCUGGUCAUCUCCUGUACUGUGUCCGCAGUCUCUGGUCAUCUCCUGUACUAUGUCCGCAGUCUCUGGUCAUCUCCUGUACUGUGUCCGCAGUCUCUGGUCAUCUCCUGUACUGUUUCCGCAGUCUCUGGUCAUCUCCUGUACUGUGUCUGCAGUCUCUGGUCUUCUGUACUAUGUCCGCAGUCUCUGGUCAUCCCCUG